AUGGAGGAGCCUCAGUACCGCGAACAUCCCAAAACCAAAAUCGCCACCAUUCCGCCGCCGCAGCCGCCGCACUCCGACGGCGCCACCCCCGAAUUGCGCGGCGUGGAUUGCAACCUUGCUUCCCUCUGCGAGCAUGUCCAAAUCGAAGGCUUCAAUUCGGGUUCCUUCUCCGAUAUCGUCGUCAAUGCCAUGGGUUCCACUUAUCACCUUCAUCGGCUUAUCCUCUCUCGCAGUUCGUAUUUCAGGAACAUGCUUCACGGGCCUUGGAAAGAAGCCAGUGCUCCUGUUGUGACUCUGCAUGUUGAUGAUAAGAAUGUUAAUGAUGAGGCAAUUGCAAUGUCUUUGGCAUAUCUAUAUGGGCAACACCCUAAGCUUAACGAUAAUAAUGCAUUCCGGGUUCUUGCUGCUGCUUCCUUCCUUGACCUUCAGGACUUAUGUGGAAUUUGUACAGAUUUCAUUAUAUCUGAGCUCUGGACUUCAAACUUCUUGGCUUAUCAGGUAUUUGCGGAGAACCAAGACUAUGGCAUUCAUGGGGAGCGUGUUAGAACUGCUUGCUGGGGCUACCUUUGUCAAAGUGGUGGCAUGGAAUUGAGAGAGGUGCUUCCUAAACUUUCAUCGCAAACAUUACAUGCAUUGCUGACUUCUAAUGAUCUGUGGAUACCCAAUGAAGAGACUCGGUUUGAAUUGGCUUUGCACACAUUCCUGGCAAAAGGUGCUCAUUGCAAGGUUGAACAUCCCGUGCAUGGAAUUUCUGGUUCUGAGUCUGCUACUGGUAUUCAUUCUGAUUUUAUUAAUGGCAAGGGAAAAAGUGUAAUAGAUAGCUGCACUGCUAAGAGGUUGGAAACUGACGUGGGGAAAAUGAGUCUUAAAAGUGAUCUAAAGGAUCCUAGCACUCCAAGUCUUCUAGUUGAGCUUGCAGAUCCAGUGGCAGACUUCAAUGAUGGGGUUUCGGUUUCCAAUGAACGGGUUCAACAAUCUUCGUAUGUCAGUUCACCAAACUUGAAUCCAAGAUAUACGUGUGACAUGGAAGGACCAUCAUUGGGAAAUUCGUUGCCUGAUACAGAUGGGAUGAGAACACCGUGUUAUGUCGAGAUGCCUCUUGGUACUGGAGCAACUGCUAUGGGAGCCCCUGGAGUCGGUAUUGAAGGGCCAUCUGAAGAAGGACCUUGUUACCAUUUGGAGAACAACAGUUGGUUAGUUAGGGAUCAAUCAAGACAUUGCUUUUCAUCAAAUUCUUGUAAUGAGCUCACAUCCAGUGAUUGGGGAAGAUAUGGAGCACCUUUUAUAUCUUGGAAUGGCCAAGUUGUUGGCAGAAAGCUUAACGCUCACCCCAGAGGAAACUUCAGAGGCCAUGGAGAUGAAUAUGAUGCAUUUUUCAAUAUAUUUGAAGGGGGUUCCCUUUUAUAUUGCAAUAUGUCUUUUGAUGCUCUUCUAAAUGUCAGAAAGCAACUUGAAGAAUUAGGUUUCCCUUGCAAAGCUGUCAAUGAUGGUCUUUGGCUGCAGAUGCUUCUUAGUCAGAGGGUACAGGAAAUUGCUGCUGAUACAUGCAAAGUUUGCUCCCUUAUGAAUUGCACUUGUCAGAAGCAAUUUACGUUUUCACAUGGAGCUUCUACAACUGGAUCUUACAUGCAAGAACAUAAUCAGAACAUUAUGCCUGGAAGUGCGGGAAACAUAUAUGUUGCUGAAUCUUCUGCGGGUGAAAGAAAUGGCACUUUUAGACCUGUACGAGUACAUGUUAGAGGUGCUAUUGAUGGACUUGCAGGUAUUGGCCGUGGAACUACUUUUGUUCCAGCAUCAGCUUCGGCUCCUACACGUGUUGUCUUUUCUCGUGUACCAUUUGGUGUUGGCAACAGAAACUAUCCUCAGUCUGCAGCAAAUGAUGAUUCUGAGACACGUGCUGACCCCAAUGGAGACCUGUCUGGAGAUGGGUUGACAGCUUUAGUCGGGUUAAGCCUGGGAGGGAGUAAUGGAACAAAUGUACAUACAGACCUAACACAAAGGGGAUAUGAAAUGGGCAUGCAAAGCAGCAUGUCUGGAAGUACUUCUGGAGGUGCAAGUACUGGUGGCAUUCCCAUGCAGAUGUUAGAGACACCAGAAAAUACAAUUGGUAUAGAUUGGGACAAUGUCAACAGUACUUCUAUAUCACUGGAUAUGAAAACACCUUUAAGCCAUUUCCCCCCUUUCCGCUUUGGAGUACGUUUUGAGGAUGUGCAUAGGCUUGGUGAUGGCCAGGUCAAGCAUUCUCCAGAAGUUUUCUAUGCUGGUUCUUUGUGGAAGGUCAGUGUACAAGCUUUUAAUGAUGAAGACCUCCAGGGGCGGCGAACCCUUGGGUUGUUUCUUCAUCGUCGGAAAGCAGAGAUAACUGAUAUACAUAGGAAGGUGCACAUGUAUGUUGACUCACGUGAAAAGGUGACUGCACGCUACCAGUUGACUGUUCCAUCCAAGAGGGAAAUGAUGGUGUUUGGAAGCUUUAAACAAACAGGCACACUUCUACCUAAAGCUCCCAAGGGAUGGGGUUGGCGAACUGCUCUGCUAUUUGAUGAGCUUGCUGAUCUUCUCCAAAACGGUGCCCUAAGGGUCAUUGCUGUAGUGCAGCUUGUAUGA